AUGUGUGCGUCUCUCUCUCUAUUGGACGCACACACGCGUACGUCGCUGUAUUUCAGUGCCUGCGUUGCACAUGUCUGUACAUGUCUGUAUGCUGAUGACCACACGCUAUCUGCCUGCUUCCGGAACUUAAAAGUGCUUCUGGCGGUAGGGAGUAAUGUUGCCGUAUUUGCUGUUGAUGUAUACAGAGAGAGACCUCCCAGUGCGCUACUGGUGUUAUUAGUCUCUGCUGCCGGAGUGGGUGGUCUGCUGCUGGUCUCUCAUUACGCGCUGCGCCGCCGCCGCAAAGGCACUUCUCGGGCAGAGCCCGAGGGAGGCUUCGCUAUGACAAGGCUCGCAGUAAUCGAUGGGAUACUACAAAGGCGCUGCGGUAGCGAGUGGAGAUUUCAUAAAGCUUACCGAACGUUUAUUAUGUGCGAAAGGUGUUAUCAGGCAUCAUACGCACAGCUGUGUGCGGCCAAGAAUUCUAGCAAGAUUCUGGGACCGAAAGAAGAUGCCUCACUACGUGCCCCUUUGUACAUAGAGCAGCUGAUGAUACUGCUGCUGAGCGGUGUCAUCAGUGCAGCUGAACACUGA